AUGCACGCUGUCCUUUGCAUCUCAGCGCGGCAUCUUGCCUACCUCUGCCCAGAACGCACAGCCUACUAUGCCAAUCUCGCAUCCACACACCUACACCGCACACUGUCCGGAUUCCGCUCUGCGCUUCUUUCCGUCGGACUAGCCUCGAAGAAGAAGGAAGAUAUCGAUGUCUUCAUAUCAACAGCGCUGUUGCUGCAAUUCGAGCUAUGGGCCGAUGUGAGUUAUCUCGAUAACGGAGACGGAGAUGAAGCAAGCUAUAAACCCAGCAAAGACGCGAUAUUCGCAUACAGCGCGAGCUUGAAAAACACUCUCCUGGGAUAUUUCGAGCCGAGCGACGUACAGCGGUCGAGUGUGAUGACGCAUCUAGUUAAUGAUGGGACGCUUUCCGAUGUCAUCCCAUUCGAUCCAUGCACCACAAUUUACGUGCAGAAUUUCUUCCUGCGGAGAGGGAGAGUAACGAGGGAUAUGGUUCUACCUUCUCCUCUCUCGCCAGAGGAUCUGGCCGAGGGGAUUCGCGGGCAAGGAGAGGCUGUCCCUACGCGGGACGGUGCAUAUACGCCUAUCAUCUCCGCACUCACCCCCCUCCUCAUCUACCUCUCUUCAUCAUACAUGCCGCUGCAAAAUGCCUCCAUGUCAUCUUCCAUGUCAUCUUCCAUGUCAACGUCCACGAAGAUUGCCCGGCACAUCCUGUGCUUUCCGAUCCUCUGCCGUGGCGCUUUCGCAGGCAAGAUCGCAGCUAGUGAUCCCUGCGCGCUGCUCAUACUGUAUCACUUCUUCCGCGCGGCGCGGAUGCUACUAGAUGGUGACGAGUUCUGGUGGGCGAAGAGGCGGGCUGCGGCUGUGGAGCGGGGGUUGGGAAAGUGGCUUGGUAGGGACUAUGGAGAAGAAUGA